GAGUGGAAAGAAAGGGCCUGGAGGAAAGACGUGCCCGCUGUUGAUGGGCACAGGGCAACCCGAGCACACAGGUUUCCAUCAGAGACCGGAGGGAGCCUGGUCAUGCUGACCACUGCUCCCUCACCUGUGAGGAGGAAAGGUACCAAGUGAAGGGCAGAAAACCAGGAAAGAGACAUGCUCUGCCCUUGGAGAACGUCUGAUCCAGCGCUGUUCCUGAUGUGGCUGCUCUUCUCUGUGCUUGAUUACAGAAGUACUUGUAUGAAUGAGAAGCAGACAAUUCAGAACACAUCACUACCUCUUGCAGAAGUUAACACUACAGUAAUGUUACAGAGGGGCAAAGAGGCUGUGCUCUGCUGCCCUCUCGUCUCCUUGGCAGAGGUGGUCUUGGUGACAUGGAAAAUACUCCGCAGAGGCAAGCCUUCCUGCGUCCUGUCCUACAGAGCAGAGACACAGGAGACCAAUGAGACCUGCACAGACAGGAGGAUAACCUGGGUCUCCGCCCCUGGCCUGAGGCCCCAUCUUCACAUCGGCGCCGUGACCCCCGAUCUUGACGGGCAUUACCUGUGUGAAAUAGCAACACCCGAUGGGAAUUUCCAACGUGGACACGACCUCCAAGUGUUAGUGCCCCCUGCAGUAACUCUGUCUCUAGAGAAGAAUGCCACUGUAGUGUGUGAGGCGGCUACGGGCAAGCCCGCUGCACAGAUCUCCUGGACUCCAGAUGGGGACUGUGACACUAAGAAUGAAUCAGAUGUCAAUGACACAGUGACCGUCAGGAGCACGUGCCACUGGGCAGUGCACAGUGUGUCUGUUGUGACCUGCCUGGUCUCUCACUUGACUGGCAACAAGAGUCUGUCCACAGAACUGAAUCAAGCUGACAAAAACUUGGAAUCCUAUGUUCAAUACAUCAUCCCACCUGUUGUUAUUUUGAUCAUAAUGGGAUCCCUAUGGCUUCUGAAAAUCAUUGGCUGCAGAAAAUGUAAAUCGGAAAAACCAGAAGCUACUCCAGUUGUUGAGGAGGAUGAGAUGCAGCCUUAUGCUAGCUACACAGAAAAAUGCAACCCACUCUAUGACACUGGAAAUGAAGUGAAGAUGCCUCAGUUGUCACACAGUGAAGUGGACAGGACAGGCCUGAAAACUUCACCACCUACCAGAAAUUAGUACCAAGAAACAUGCAUUAAGAGACCUUAUACUCGGCCAUUUUGAUUUUCUUGCAAUUCUAGACUGGAAGGACUACAUUGAAAUCAGUUCUUCAAGCAUUAUUAGAACCUGCUAAUGGAUUUGCACUUACAUCCUUCUACAAUUGGAUAUUCAGAAUCUUAGCUGCUUCCAGCUAGCUCCUUGAAGAGCUAAUGUACUUAUUGCAAAGGAAGCACAUGACUAAGAUAAAAUAUUCAAAUUGUGCAAUACGGUGAGAAGCAAAAACUGAGUUUCCUCAAGAAAUAACCUUGCAGGAGGAAGAAUCAUGAAGUUUCUUGUGUAUCAUUCUAGAAAAUUUCUAUGCCUAAUGUGCCUGUGCUGUCUGUAUGUAUUUAUAUGUAUAUUUACAUUGUGCAGUGUAUAUACACACAUAUCAAGACACAAAUGGGGCCAUACUGUAAUGCUUAGUUAUAAAGAAUUAAUAAUGUCUAGGAUGUUAUUUUUCACAUUGGCAUAAGCAAAGCUACCUCACUCUUUUUUUUUAAAUUGAUAUAUAAACUUCCAUUGUAUGAUUAUGUAAUAACUUAAUUAAUCCUGAUCCUAGUAAAGGAGAUUUAGAGGUUUUUGUUUGUGAUCAAAACAAUGCCACAUAGAAUGUUUCUCAUGACUAUCUCUUUGAUUGUUUGGGUGAAUCUGUAGGAUCAUUUCCUUAAGUGGAGCUGUCAGUCAAUUGGUAUGCAUUUUUAUGGUUGGUAAGUAGGUCAUAUUGAAUGUGCCUUUCCUUAUAUUUUUAUUUUGAUAUGUGUAAGAUCCUCACAUCCUCAACCACUUUUCCUUUUUUAUUAACCAGUUGACUGAUAAGAUUUAAGUUUAUAAUGACAAUUACAUUA